AUUACCCAUAGAAGGUUAUUUUUCUUUCAAAAUAGUUUUAUUCUAAGAAAAAAUUAACUUUCUUCUAGGUUCAAUCUAUGGUGGUACUGAAGUUACAAUAAUUGGCGAUGGAUUUACACCGGUUGAUACUCGUAUUAUUGUUGGAAGUAUUGAAUAUACUAGUAUGGCAACAAUUACUUAUUCUCAAAUAAUAUUUACUACUCAAAUACCACCACCUGAAUAUAUUAAUCAAAUUAUUCCUAUUACGAUCUUGAUUGGCACAAAUACAGCUGUGUGUUCAUUCGAAACAUGUUCAUUUACUUGGGC